UGCGCCAGUGGCCCAUGUCAGAACGGCGGUACGUGCAUUGAUGGAGUUAACGGCUACAGCUGUGAUUGUCUCUCAGGAUGGACUGGCACAAACUGCACAAUAGAUAUUGAUGAAUGUUCAAGCAUGCCUUGUAAUAAUGCCGGCAUAUGUAAUGAUGGAAUCAACGGAUUCACCUGCACCUGUCUUGUAGGUUGGACUGGAGUCUUUUGUGAAACAAACAUCAAUGAGUGUGCUAGCUCGCCUUGCAUGAAUGGUGCUGCUUGCUUGGAUGGUGUUAAUGCUUUCUUCUGCCAGUGUGCGCCAGGCUGGUCUGGUACAGAGUGUGAAAAUAAUAUCAAUGAAUGCGCAUCAAGUCCGUGUCAAAAUGGCGGAACAUGUUUUGACUUGGUUAAUAGUUUCGUCUGUAGCUGCGAGGCUGGCUGGAUUACUUUACAUUGCGAAAUUAAUAUCAAUGAAUGUGCCAGCAGUCCUUGCCAGAAUGGGGGAACCUGUCUGGAUGGCAACAACCAGUAUAUAUGCCUGUGCGUGCCUGGAUGGAGUGGCAACUUCUGUGAAACAAACCUAAAUGGGUGCUUAAGCGAACCUUGUCUAAAUGGUGGGACGUGUACCGAUGGUGUGAAUGGACACGUUUGUGAAUGUGUUAAUGUUUGGACAGGCCCUGAUUGUGCAGAUAAAAUGUGUUACAGAGAAGUUUAUGACGACCUCACAUUUCCUGAUGCCAAAGUAGGAGAGACGGUAGAUUCCGAAGACUUGUGUGAUGAGAGUAAAACAAAUUAUCUUAUGCCUCGUGCUACCCGAACGUGUAAAGGCGAAAGUGCAGCUAUGUGGGGAGAUCCUGAAAUAAAUGACUGUGGACCUGACGCUACAACCGAACAACUGUUAGAACGUCUAAAUUCGAUGAAUGUUACAAUGGAAAAUGUUGAGGAAGUUAGCAAUAAACUGGAAGAAAUUAUAAGUAAUGCAAAAGAUAUCUCUGUGAAAGCUUUGCAAUCUACUGCUGAAAUAUUGAUGGAUAUUCUCCAAACAGAUACUAAUUCUACUGAGGUGACACAAUCUAUUGUUAUGGUGGUAAAUAACUUGUUAGGUGUUGACGAGGAAAUUCUGAUGGAAAGUCAAAUGAGGAAUCAGUCUCCUACUAAAAUUACUGAAGUUCUUGAAGGUCAAUUGGGCAUUGUAGAGCUAAAUGAAAAAGGCAUUUAUGAAGAAACCACACCUAACAUAGCAGUACAUGCUCAGAUGUUUAAAGCCACUCAACUUAGUGAAGAAAACAUGACUUACUUAACUUUUAUAUCAGAAUCAAAUAAGAAUGGUGUAGGUGCUGUUGAAGUAUUUGACGAUGGUGUGAAAAUACCUGAUGCUGCCAAUGUGUCAAUUGCUCUGCCAAGCAGUAUAUCUGACGUCAUCAGUGUUUAUAAUAUGACAGAUUUCCGGAUUAUAGUUAUUGUUUACAAUGACAGUAGACUGUUCCAAUCUGCUCAGUUCAUUAAUGAUAAAUCAGGUCGCAGACCAAAUAGUCAAGUUGUUUCUCUGUCAGUGCCUGAGUUAGAUCGUGUUAAGCUGGACGAGUCCAUCGUUACCACGUUCAUUCCCAUUGAAAUCUCUGAAACAAACAGAAAUACAACCUGCGUCUUUUGGGACUUCAUACUGGAUGGGGUUGGAGGAUGGUCGACUGAAGGCUGCACAUUUGUUAAUGGAUCGGAGGAUGGAAGUGAUAGGCAGUAUUGCGAGUGCACUCAUCUAACUAACUUUGCUAUACUUAUGGAUUUCCAUCAAAUGUCAUCUCUUCCCCAAGCAGCAGACAUUGUGACUAUUGUUGGCUUAAGCAUAUCAAUUGCAUCUCUUUUUCUGACAUUACUUACUUUCGUGAGUAAAAGGAAAUUUUGGAAGAGUGAACCAAAGCAAAUUCUAUGUCAGCUGUGUUUGUCUUUGCUUGGUCUGUACAUUGUAUUUCUUGCUGGAAUUGAUCAAAACGAAACGAAACGAAAUGAAACGACUGAAAACAGUCUUGGGUGUACGUUUGCUGCAGCUCUUUUGCAUUACUUCUUGCUAUCGUCAAUCUUCUGGAUGAAUGUUCAAGCUGUAAAAAUGUACUAUUUACUUGUGAAAGUCGUUAAUAGUUACGUGUCACACUUUCUUUUUAAGGCUUGCUUGUUUGCAUGGGGUUUACCAGUGAUAAUUGUCUCGGUGUCUGCAUUUGUUGACCUUGAUAGCUAUGUGGAUUUUGAAAAGUAUUGUUUUCUGACACUCCAACGUAUGUACUACUCUGUAGCAAUUCCUGUCGCCCUAUCCUUACUUUUCAACACGACUGUAUUCAUUCUGGUUUUGCAUAGUUUAAGGCAGGUCGGAAAAAACAGAACUCAAUCUACCAUAAAAGGAAAGGAAACCAGACUCAGUGGGAUUCAGAUGAUGAGAAUUGGAGUGAGCAUUACAGCAGUUUUCGGCUUAACGUGGUUGAUCGGCUUCUUUUCCAUCGGAGAUGCUUCCGAAGUUAUUCUGUGGAUUUUUUGUAUUCUUAAUUCUUUCCAAGGGUUACUUAUCUUCGUAUUUAUGCGUUGGAAAUAAGGAAUUACGCUCUUACCAGGGGUGGCGCCAGUGGGGGAGGGGAUGGCCGUCGGGGAGAAAAAAGCACUUCGUCGGGGAGAAAAAAAAUUGUAUGUAUUUUCUACAUAUUAGUAAACUCUAAAAUCGAUCAAAUAAGCAUUCUGAAACCCCUAUUUUGUCAAAAUGUUCGGACCACUUUCAAAGCCUUUUAAUCAAAGCUCGACCACGCCCACUUUGCUUUCGUCAGGAAAAUCUGACCCCUCGUCGGGACAUCGUUCCCCACUUUCCUCCUGUCCGGGACCUUGUUUCCCCCCCCCCCCCCCGUCGGGCAAAUCCUGGCGCCUCCACUGGCUCUUACUGGUGGAAGACGUUACUCAAUAUACCAAGAAAAACUACGUUAUGUCUGGCAAAACCAAACAAAGUUUACUUUCGAGUUUUUAAAAAGAAGAAUCCUCUCGCAGACAAAAGUCCUCCUCCAACUCGUUU